UUUUUUUCCCGUCAGCAUUGGAGAGGAAAGAAGAGGACACGCCUGGGUUUGUCAAGCAGGUUUGUGUGUGUCUACAAGUGUUUCUGUCAUUCAUUCACCACUUUGUUCAUCUACGCUGAAACAGAAGAGCAGCAAACCCUUAAUUCUCUCAACAGCAGCAGCAUCUCUUACUAGCAGGUAACUGUCAGACCCUCACAGAAGAAGCACCAACAUGCAGACUGCAGAGGCCGUGUCAGCAACUAUAAACACUAACAGGAACUGCACGGUGGAGAUCAGCAAUAUUAGCAGUGCUUAUUGCCUUAUCAAUCCAAAAGUGUACAUGUCCAGUGGGUUCAGUUUCCAUCCUCCCCAACCCACCAUCCGCACCGCCAAGACUGAGGUUUGUUCAUUCACAAAGGAUGACAACACUGCCACUGGGGCUGUGGGCAUCUUGACCUAUGACCUCUUACACAUGCAGAAUCAUAUGUGCACUGAGCGCAUGGCCAUUCUGUUCUCUGUGCCCUUCGACUACCACCUCUACAAAAAUGUCAUGGCCAUUGGUUUGUUUGAGAGCAGCCGUGGAUGUGACAAGGCCCUGUACAAGCACAUGUAUGAGGGCAAGGACUUCAGCCAGUUCACCCGUGUAGACGCAGGGGGAUCUGGAGUCAUCCACAGAGGAAAGAAAGUUGACUUAAGGGCGACCAUGUCUCCUGUGGGCAAGGCUAUUAUUAAGCUAGAGGUGUAUGAGAAGAUGGGCUAAAUAUUAAACAAAAUCAGCUUUAACGCAGUAAUUGAAAAUUGCUUCAUAUACUUUACAUGUUCUUAUUCGUCAUAUGCAAAAUAAUAAUGAACAUGGCAUUGUGCUUUUAAAUGUUGAUGUCACUUUUUGAUGUCUGUAUUAAUACCUGCAUUUAUGCUGUCCAAAAAUUUUUCUAAAUAAAAAAACAAAACAAC